GAGUCUCUAAUAGGGAGAUUGCAUUGCAUAAUGCAUGAUAAUGCAUACCGCGGCCACCGCGGGCUCUUCGUCAGCUGAAUCGGCUGAAUCAGCUCACGAUCAGCUGUCGAUGAUAAGCCGACUCGCGAUCGAAUUUGACGUGUGCCAAACGUGCCAAAAAUCUUGAAAGUCACAACGAUGAUAGUCGAUCUGACAACGAAUCCGAAAUUAUCGUCGUGAUCUGAUGGCACACGAUAACGAAGUAUGCAGCUAUCGUUACCGUUUUUACAGCCACCAAAGGCACCGAGUAAACAAGUUAAACAACGGUAAAACGGUCACAUUUAUAUAUUCCACCUAGGUAUCCCAAAACGGGCAUCGAGCAUAAAAAGUCCAACGUUGUCCAAAAGGAUGUUACCGUGGUUAUCGAGACAUACAAGUUCGUUUGCAUCAUCCGUACCCGAUGUCGUCAGUGACACGUUUAGCUCGUACUACGUGUCACUUGAAAGUAAGGCAUGAUCACCAUUGGGAUAUGCUCGAGAACCUUCUCAAGAUUCAAUUACUUCGAAUCUUUAACACCUAUGAUAACGAGCUUUUUAAACCGGAUGUGUAAUAUGACUUGAUUGUUAUUGACUCGUUUCAGGCCACGAAUGAGAAAGUUGUGGACUACAGUAAAAGCAUGCAUAUGGAAUAUAAAAAGAAUUGUUAUAUGUCCCAAGUAUAUUCUUCUAGACUUUAAACAAUAUCCAAGGUCGUGCAUACAUUUACAGAUAUAAAAAUUGAAUAAAUAAAAAAAAAUGAUAGUAUUGUUCUCGAGUUAGCUGACAAGCUUGUAACGAAUACCAGACUGCUUUGUUACAAUGGAUAUUGGCGUUGUCAAAAUUGCAGAAGAUAAAGAUUUUGAAAAAUUGAAGCAGCUGUAUGACGAUAAUAACAACUGGAAAUUAGAUUAUAACAAGCCUGAUCUAUCUGUUUGGACAAAAUCCGUCCCAGGAAUUAGUUUUAAAAUGGUGAAAAUCAGAACGCGUUUCCCCGAUGUUUCACCAGAAACACUGUACGACGUUUUACAUGAUCCUGAAUAUAGAAAAAUUUGGGACACUCAUAUGAUUGAAUCAAAAGACAUAGGAUUUUUUAAUCCAAACAAUGAUAUUGGAUAUUAUUCCAUGGCAUGUCCAUCCCCAUUAAAAAAUAGAGACUUUGUCCUACAACGAUCUUGGUUAGAUACUGGAAUAGAGCAGUUGAUAUUGAAUCAUUCCGUUUAUCAUAAAGAUUAUCCGCCUAGGAAACAUUUCGUACGAGCAACAUCUUACCUCACAGGAUAUAUUGUAAGGCCUUCGCGCAAUGGAGACGGUUCUGAGUUGGGUUAUGUAUCGCACACAGACCCACAUGGCAAAUUACCUGUGUGGCUCGUUAAUAAAGUUACACAAAUAUUUGCUCCUAAAAUGGUAAAAAGAUUACAUAAAGCUUCUGUGGGUUACCCAAGCUGGAAAUUACUUAAUAAUCCAAAUUAUAAGCCUUGGCAUUAUCCCGAACAGAUAAUGGCACCUAGAAUACGUAUCGAAGAAUGCAUAAAAUCUGCAGAAGAGAAGAAUUUAAAAUAUAAUUAUGUAGACGAAUCUGAUUUGAAGGAAAGUUUGGUUAAAGAAUCUGCCGCAAUGGAUAGUGAUUAAUUCACAACGAUACAAAUAGAGAAACGUGAAGAUUUUUAGAGUUUCUUCUUCUCUUCUUAUCACCGAUUAUAUGUUACCUUGAAUAUGGAAUUAUAUUCUUCGGCCUCGUGUGCGCAAACGCGCAGCAAAAACGCGUAUUUAAAUAACACCUGAAUGAUAAUGGAACAGUAUAUAGCUGUGGCAUGUACACGUGCUACAAUGUCGCACCAAAAAUUACUGCGCAUCGCGUAUGCUGCAUUAUUAUUCGAGUAUUACUUAUUACUUAGUUAUUAGGUAUUGUGUAUAUAUGUACAUACAUAUAUGUAUAUUCGGACACAUUGGACACUGUUCACGCUUCGAUAUUAUAGACGAUUAUGGAUUCUCGGUGUGGAAUUUUGAGGUAAUACAGACAUAUACUAUAUAUGUAUAUCAAGUAUUGUCGCGAAAAAAAGCAAGAUUAUUACGCUUAAACUUGAAAGAUUUGUACUUGAAAUUUAAAAAGAAAAAGGAAAGAAAGAAAAAAAUACUUGGCUUUCAUUGUUGAGAAGUUUUGUAAUAAUGCAAUGAGAAGUACGAAACUACAGACAACGAUCGAAUCGCGAUCCGACAACGACUAGCAGGAUACUAAUUUUGUACUCAAAAUAUGAAUUCGAACAUGAUGCCACGUGGUAUAGAUGAGACGGCGAAAGAUCGACUCAGACGUUUUACAUAUUUUGUUUGUAAGAUAUAUUAGAGGAUAUAUACAUAUAUACUUUGUAAUAUAAGUUAGCUAACGCGACAUGGAAGGCGGCAGUUCUCGUACUCGCUUUUCAAUCAAGCGAGGUGCCGAGUGCAAUAAAGUGAGAUGUGGUCUGGUGAA